AAAAAGUAAUUGAAUUCAUCAAACACGUAAAGCGCAAGAACGAUGCUGAAAGACGCAAAUACCCUCCCUGCCUUUGCCCUGGCGCACGUACUGGACUACCUGACGUUCCCCGAGACCUCCGUGCUGUUUGCGUUGUCCAAAGCUUGGCGUCUCCGGUUGAGCACAGAUGGAGAACCGAUUUGGAAGCAACAGAUCCAACAGAAACUUGGUUCGGGUUGCUCCCAAGUGCCACCACCGGAUACCUUCUUUGUGCGAAGAGGUGGUAAUGUGAGAAUGAGCUGCAUCGCACGUGCCUUUGACGUGGAUCCGACACAGCUGACUAUAGUAGAAGGAGUCUGGAAGCCCCAAGACGGAUAUUUGGAUGCAGGCACUCUCGUAAAAGUAGAGUUUGCACAGGCACGGCCAGCCAAAGUUCGAACGGGUCGCCGGAGAAAGACCAAAUCCAAACCAACGCGGAAACUGUCCACCUUUUCUUGGUGGCAGCAACGCAAAAAUUUCCAUCUCAGCCAAGUCUUGACGGCGUAUCUCCAGGAUUCUAAAGUGGCCAUGGUACGGACUCCAAACAAGUUUGAUUGCAAGUUCAUUGCCGAUUUGAAACCUUUGACAGCAAGGAUCGAAAACGGUGUCUACAUGUACAGUGACGACCAUGGCAGAGAGUAUAGUUCCAAAAACAAGUUUGGUUAUCUGGCAGACAGAUACCUCCUGGGCUAUUCCGUCCAAGGAACAGAAGCUUCUGCCCGUCAUUUCGACUCGCAAGGACUGGCUUUCGGUCGAUGUUUGGGAAGCACCCGUUCCCGUGGCUGGUGUGUUUUGGGUCAAGACGAAUCACGAGUGCACCACUUCCUCACCAUGAUUACCCAAGACGAGCGAAUGGAACUGUAUGGCCUUCACUGUAUCAACAACCUCUGCUAUGGCACAGCCAGGAAGGCUGUAUAUCUGUCAUCUAUUCGAAUCCUUUUGAAUGCAUUCAUGGGUGCUGCAGAGCCCGGGGCCACGUUCCUUUAUGGAACUCAUGUUUUGAGACUUCCGGGGACAACGGAGAAUGAUGACGACCCCGCGGGCCGAGAAGACGUAAGCGACGACAGCGACGACGACGACGACGACGAGUCAGAUCCCUUUGAAUAUCUGGAUACGCACAGGAACUACCACAAUUCCUACGGACUGAUGGCGGAUGUGAUGACAGUGGCAAUUGGAACCUCUCGGGUGGUUUCAUUCUAUUACUAUCUGAAUCGGUAUUAUGGCUGAUUACAAAGCAAAUACACAAUGAUCCCUACGUUCCUUAACUCCUGUGUUGCUAACAAGAGUCAAGGCACAGGCGGACAAAGACGACAACAAACAAGCACAAAGCACACAUCAUUCAGCUACUAGCCAGCCGGCCCAAAAUUGGUUGGUUCGUUUUUAGUUUAGAAAAGUAGGGCAAGAAGGAGACCAAAAAAGGAACCCAAUAACGACAUAACCUGAAGUUGUUGCAUCGACCCAAUGGCACCUGAUGUUGUAUCUGCGCCGCUGGGAGCGGCCGUUGCGUCAGUUCCACCACCUCCUCCUGUGUUGAUUGGUGGAUGAAUUGGGUUGAUGGAAUGAAUGAAUGGAAUGUUGAUAUAAGUAUAAUUAGGGAAAGUCAGCAUAAUCAAUGGUGAAACUGUAUUGAGCCGUGCCAUCGUUGUUAGUAGUAGACUCACCAUCAUUGGGUGCUUCUGUUGUGGCUGCUGGUGCAGGUGCGUCUGUAAUUGUUUCGUCGACUGCAGUGUUGCCACAACAAUACAAAUUCUUGACCCCCACGACAUUGUCAUCGGCUUCCUCGGAAAUUUCUGGCAAC